AUGACCAAACGCAACAUCCUCCUCAUGAUAGCCGAUGAUCUAGGCAAACAACUAGGAUGCUACGGCAACACCGCAAUCCAAACCCCAAACCUAGACCAGCUAGCAUCUGAAGGCACAAAAUUCACCCAAGCCUUCACCUCAACAGCCUCCUGCAGUGCCAGCCGCUCAGUAAUCUACACAGGCCUACACACGCACCAGAACGGCCAGUACGGACUCCACAAUGGACGACACCAUUUCACGACUUUUGACCACGUCGAAACAGCCCCAGCACUAUUCUCAGCGCAAGGCUAUGCAACCGGUCUAAUUGGAAAGGUGCACGUCGGUCCUUCAAACGUUUAUCCGUGGGAUAUGCGCGCUGAAAGCGACAGUCGUGAUGUGGCCCAAGUCGCAGAUCAGGCUUCGGCAUUCUUCAAGAAGAGUGCAGAAGAUGAACAGCCAUUCUUCUUGACCAUCGGCUUCAUUGAUCCCCACCGGGAUCUGACGAGGUCUGGGUUUGGCAAUGACCAGGUUUAUGAUCCGCGCGUGCAGAAAGUGGAGUAUAGACCUGAAGAAGUCGAGAUUCCCUCUUUUGUAAAUGAUUUGCCUGGUGUGCGCUAUGAGUUUGCAAAAUACUACCAGUCUAUCUCGAGACUGGAUCAGGGUGUUGGAAUGGUCCUUGAUGGAUUGAAGAAGUCUGGAUUGGCAGAGGAUACCCUCAUUCUGUUCAUGAGUGACAACGGGCCACCAUUUAUCAAUUCCAAAACGACGCUCUACGACGCUGGUGUGAGUUUGCCGUUCAUCGUGAAAUGUCCCGGGUCAACUGCUGGCACCGUGAAUCCGAAUAUGGUCUCCUACGUCGAUGUCCUGCCGACACUCCUCGACUGGGCGAAACACUCUAGUCCCUCCCACCCAGCUCGAACAGGUCGGUCAAUCCUGCCCGUUCUGAGCGAAACAACCGAGCUCGAGACCUGGGGUCAGAUCUUCGGGUCACAUACUUUCCAUGAAAUAACAAAUUACUGGCCAACACGCAUGAUGCGAAACAGACGGUACAAAUAUCACCGCAACAUCGCCUGGCGUCUGGAUUUCCCCUUUGCAGCAGAUAUCUAUGGUUCACUGACAUGGGAGGAAAUCCGGAAUGCAGAGAAUAGCCCGAAGAUGAUCGGGUCGAGGCCAUUCAAAGAUUAUUUCUUCCGGCCUGCUGAGGAACUAUAUGAUAUCCGGGCCGACCCGGAUGAAGUGCGGAACCUUGCGAGCGAGGCUGAUUAUCAGUCUGUUCUUGAGGAAAUGAGAGCUACUGUUGAAAAAUGGCAGCGGAGAACAGAGGAUGCUUGGUUGUAUCGGGAUGGCGUUUCUUUGCUUUUUGUCAGGCAUCAUCUUGGGGGCGGACUGAACGUGCCUGAUAGAUGGGAUUUCGAUGUAGAGAGGCCUGAGAGUAAGGGUAUCACUUCUUUUGCUGGGGAUUUGCCCUGGGGGGCGGAUGUUCAGAUGUGA